AUGCUAAUCAAAGAAUUCCGAGUCGUUCUUCCAUUGACAGUAGAAGAGUACCAAAUUGGACAACUAUGGAGUGUGGCUGAAGCUUCCAAAAAUGAAACCGGCGGCGGUGAAGGCGUCGAAGUGGUUGUAAACCAGCCAUUUGAGAACUUCCCUCUGCUUGGUGGUCAGUUCAGCAAAGGCCAGUACACCAAGAAAAUCUACCACCUCGACACCAAAGUCCCAGCACUAGUUCGCCUGGUAACGCCGAAGGGUGCCCUUGCAGUUCAUGAAGAAGCGUGGAACGCCUAUCCAUACUGCAAAACUGUUAUCACGAAUCCUGACUACAUGAAGGAUGGAUUCAAGCUGACCAUUGAAACUGUGCACGCGCCUGAUCGUGGAACUCAGGAGAACGUUCAUCAACUGCCACCGGAGCAACUGAAGCAGCGCGAAGUCAUUUGGAUUGACAUUGCCAACGAUCCUAGUCCUGAAUUUAAGCAAGAUGAAGAUCCAAAGGUUUUCAAGUCAUGCAAAACUGGAAGAGGACCACUAGUUGGAGAUUGGAAAACUAAUAUUGAGCCAGUCAUGUGCGCCUACAAGCUCGUCACUAUCGAGUUCAAGUGGUUCGGUUUUCAAAACAAAGUUGAGAGUUUUGUCCAGAAGUUUGAAAGAAAACUUUUCACCAACUUUCACCGCCAAGUUUUCUGUUGGAUGGACAAAUGGCACGGGUUGACGAUGCAAGACAUCAGGGAGCUGGAGGAGCAGACCAGGCAGCUACUCGACGAGCAACGAAAAUCGGGCCAAAAGCAAGGUGUCAAAACCUUAGAGUAA